AUGCAUUUUUUUAAGGCAGUCCUUGCUGCUGUCUUUGUUACUGGUGCCGCUGCCUUCACUCUACCUGCCAAUCUCCAGGACGGCGUAUAUCGCGCCUACUACGACGAGGACGGGCGCGAGGUUCAUGAGCUAGUGCAAGUUGUUCAUCCUAGCAAUGGCACUCUGCGACGUGGAAUAACCGACUCAGAGGAGCCCUCUCUCGCCAAGAGGAUACCUAAUCCAAAUACAUACUAUUCAUGUGGCUGCGGCUUUUCACUGGACCAUGGAAACUGCGACAAUGCUGUGGUUGGCCUGAAGAACUUUCUGGACCAACAUGCAGACCCGAAUUUCUCUAGUGGGUGUUAUGACCUUUCGCCGUAUUCGUCAGCCUACUGUUAUGUCAAUGAUGUGGUUGUGUUUCUUUGUAACGGUGAACAAGAUUAUGGCGUCUGCAGCAACGAUGUAACCAACAGCUUGGCAGCAAUCACGAACCAUUGUGGCUGGKAUAUUGCUGGAACUGAGGCAGCUGAAGCCUGGUUUCCAAAUCUUGACGGGAGUAUCGAGGUCGAUCCACCUUAUUUUACUGGCUAUAUGCAGUAUGGUCCUGGCUUAAACUUCUGCGCCAAUGAUUAUCUUGCUGGUGACAAUGAGCAUUGCUGA